GUGCUCGAUAGAGAGAGAGAGAGCUUUGUGUACAAAAGAGAGCCACUCCAUCUCCUCCUCUUCCUCUCCCUCUCCCUCAUUCAUGGAGCUCCUUAGCCCCUCUUUGCCGCCGAAUCCGGCCGCCGUACGCUUCGUCGGAACCCCUCCUCGAGUCCCUACCAGAAGCACCUUGAGCUCCCCCGUUGCCUCGCCAUCUCCAAGGAUCGUAGAUGGCCCUGAGAAUAGAGUCUACGUUGCUGUCGGGAAAUCACCGGAGAAGACCGCCGCCUUGCUGAGAUGGACUUUCCGGCGCUUCCGGUGCAAACAAGUGUGGAUUGUCCACGUUCACCAACCUUCUUCGACGAUCCCCACUCUUUUAGGAAGGCUUCCUGUGAGUCAAGCAAAUGAUGACCUUGUGUCUGCAUACCGAAAAGUAGAGAGGGAAGACGCAAAGAAAGCUCUGUUGAGUUAUUUAACCAUCUGUUACCGAGAACAGGUUCAAGGAAAGAUCAUUAUGACUGAGGCUGGACAGAUUACAGAGGGAAUUUUAGACGUGGUGACCAAGCAUAAGAUUCACAAACUUGUAGUGGGAGAAAUACCAGAUAGCUGCUUCAAGGUAAAAGGGAGGUCCAGCUUGACAACUUAUAUUGCCAAAAAGGCUCCUCCUUUCUGUGAGAUCUGGUUUGUAGCCAAAGGAAAGCUUGUCUGGGCAAAGGAUGCCAGUGAGUUUGCAAAUUCUGAGCUGACUGAUUUUAGAUCAGAUACUUCUGUGAUUGGGGAUUCGGAAAGAUACUCUUUAAGUUCCCUGCAAAGUCCUCUCAGUAAGGCCACUCUUCAUGAAGAAGUUAGAUGCAAUUCUUUAGCCAUGCGUGAUCUAGCAGAAGAAGCUAGAAACAUAGUCCUGAAUAAAAUACAUGAUGUGGAAAUAGCUGUGUCUCCAUCUAUUUCCAGUACUGUGGAUACUCCAAAUCUUUGCGAGUCACGAAAUUCAACAUCUUUGGCCAGUGCAUCUUCCUUUUUUGCUUCCCCUGUGGAUGGCAGGUCCAUGCCAUCAUUCAGCAUCCAGGAGCCAGAUAUGGAAGUUUGGCACGAAAUUAUGGAAUAUUCAAUGAUGAACAUCGGGCAAUCAAAGCAACAGGCAUUCACUGAAUACAAGAAGUGCAAAGAAUUGGAGGCAGAAAUGGCCAAAGCUCUUUACAGGGAUAAAACUUUUGAGGCUGCUCUUCACCGGGAAACCAAAUUAAGACGAGUCUUUGAUGAUGAACUAAGUGCUACCAAGAAAAAACAACAAUUGCUUGUUCACCAAACAAAUGAAACCACGAGAGAACUGGAAAACACCAUGAGAAAUGUAACUCUCCUUAAUCAAUAUGCCCAAGAAGUUGCUCAGCAGAGAGAUAAUGCAGCUGAACAAUUGGAUCUCAUCCAAGCAUCUAUAAUGGCUCUGAACAUUGACAAUCAAAGUGUCCAAGCUGAGAGAGAGGCAGUCAUUAAAAACCUUGAGGAGUGGAAAUAUAAGAACUCUGCUGGAUUUCGUAGAUGCAAAAGAGUUAUUGAUUAUGGUGUUGAUCAUUUUAACUUCACGGAAUUUUCAUUUUCUGAUCUGCAAGCUGCAACCUGUGAGUUUUCAGAGUGCUUUAAACUAGGAAAAGGGGGCUACGGAUCUGUUGUCUAUAAGGGAGAGAUCCUUAGUAGAACUGUGGCAAUUAAAAACUUAGAUCCACAUAAUGUUUAUGGUCAAUCAGAAUUUCAACAAGAGGUUUAUGUUCUUAGCAAACUGAGACAUCCCCAUCUGGUGACUUUGGUUGGUGUGUGCCCAGAAGCCCUGUCUCUUGUCUAUGAGUAUCUGCCCAAUGGAACACUUCAUGAUCACCUAUUUUGCCGAACUUCCAUGACUCCAUUAACCUGGAGGGUCCGUGCAAGCAUUGCUGCUCAAAUCUCAAGUGCGCUUCUCUUCUUGCACACAUCCAAGCCUGAGAAGAUCAUCCAUGGUGAUCUCAAGCCUGAGAACAUCUUCCUGGAUUCCGACUUCAACUGCAAGAUUGGUGAUUUCAGAAUUUGCCGUCUAGUUCCCCAGGAAACAAGACACUGUCCCUUGUUCUGCCGUAUUACCAAGCCUCAGGGUCUAUUCCCUUACGCCGAUCCUGAGUGCCAAAAGACCGGAGACUUGACACCAAAAUCUGAUGCUUAUGCAUUUGGAAUUAUAGUCCUCCAGCUACUCACGGGAAAGCCCCCACUAGGCUUGGCCAGUGAGGUUCGCCGUGCAAUCUCAACCGGGAAAUUGCCAUCUCUUCUUGAUCAAACUGCUGGAGAGUGGCCUAUAUCUACAGCAACAAAGCUAGCAGAGAUUGGGCUACAAUGCGCAGAAGUGAAUAGUCGGGACCGCCUUGAACUGACUCCCGUGGUUGUAAAGGAGUUGGAAGAUUUGCACUCUAUGGAGGAACGGCCCGUCCCGUCAAUCUUUCUAUGUCCAAUUCUUAAGGAAAUCAUGCAUGAUCCGCAUGUGGCUGCAGAUGGUUUCACUUAUGAAGGAAGUGCACUGCGGGGGUGGUUCCAAGAUGGCUGGAAAACUUCUCCGAUGACCAAUCUGAAACUAGAACACUUGAAUCUUAUUCCUAAUAAUGCUCUCAGGAUUGCCAUCCAGGACUGGCUUUGCCAGCCUUGAAUCCAAAUUACUAAGCAUCUUCCCUGUAUUAUAUCCAUUGUAGCCUAUAGUAUGUUUACGGCAAUGUACAUAUGUUGUAUGAAUGUAAUAGGGAAGCUAUCAAGAUUCAGAAUAUAACAGUGUUAUAGGCUUCAUCCAAAUGGUCUUGUAUACAGAUGAUUUUUUCUUCAUUUAUGAUUUUUAUGUAUUUAUUUCAGC